UCACCCUGAAGGCUGAGUAAGAUUUCUGCAAGCAAAGAUCAUUUAUGGCGGGGGAAGAGCUAGGUAACUAGAGAGCUGGUGAGCAGACAAGAGUUGGUCUAGAGUCUAUGAAGCCUAGAGUCUAUGAAGCCUAGAGUCUAUGAAGCAGAGAGAAAGGGGACAACAUAGGAGGUAAGAAAUGGAGGUCUCUCAAAAUCUCAGGGGCAACGAGGAGUUUUUUUGAGAGAGGAAUGACUCUUUAAAGCCAACAUCUUAUCAGGAGGCUGAAGGAGGAUUCUGUGAAUUUGAGACCACCCUGAGCUUCCAAGUUGAGAACUUUAUCUACCAACAAGCAAGGCAGCCUCAGCACUUUGGGAAGUUCAGUCAGAUUCAGCCCAGCUUGUAGCUGGAAAGGCCGAAGGCAGAAGACAAAUCUCAAAGAAAUGCACUGUGCUUACUGGAUGCUCUGGAGUAAGUUACAGGGUCUCAUGGACUCCGGGUUCUGUCAGUUUAAGUAACAGGAGGUGGCAGGGAAAAGAGAGACGUGCACUGCUGCCCAGCCUUGAGGCUGUGUCCUUAAGGGGUGGAGCCAAGGGACACAGAAGACUUUCUGGGGCAUGCCACCGAAUGAGAGCAUUUCCAAGCAUUUCUGGUUCCCUGCUGGUGACUGUCACAGAAGUCCUUAGGAACUCUGCCUUCCUUUUGGGUUGGCCAACAAAGCAGUGAGGUAAACCCUGUAGACUCGGGCACUGAAGUGCUCCAGGAACCCAUCCUACCAUCCUGCCAUCUCAGGCACCUGACCCACCUGAGAACCAGGAUGUGUGCCCUGCUCUCCUUGCUCCUGCUGGCCUCGGUCUUCACACCAGGCCAGACCACGUGGGGUGUCUCCAGUCCCAAGGAUGUGCAGGGCUUGACUGGAUCUUGCCUGCUCAUUCCCUGCAUCUUCAGCUUCCCUGCUGAUGUAUCAGUGCCUAAUGGCAUCACAGCCAUCUGGUACUAUGACUACUCGGGCAAACGGCAGGUGGUAAUCCACUCAGGGGACCCCAAGCUGGUGGAUGAGCGCUUCAGGGGCAGAGCUGAACUGACAGGGAACAUGGAUCACAAGGUGUGCAACCUGUUGCUCAAAGACCUGAAGCUUGAAGACUCAGGCACCUACAACUUCCGCUUUGAGAUCAGUGAUGGCAACCGCUGGUCUGAUGUCAGAGGCACCACAGUCACUGUGACAAAGGAUCCCAGUCCCCCCACUAUUACCAUCCCACAUGAGCUGCGUGAAGGUGUGGAGGUGAACGUCAACUGUUCCACACCCUACCUGUGCCUGCAGGAGAAGCAGGUCAGCCUGCAUUGGCAAGGCCAGGACCCCACCCGCUCCGUCAUCUCCAACUUCCAGAGCCUCGAGCCCACUGGCGUCUACCACCAGACGACCCUACAUAUGGCCCCAUCCUGGCAGGACCACAGACGGACCCUGCGCUGCCAGCUGUCAUUGGCCACGCACAGUAGUCAGAAAGAGGUUUAUCUACAAGUGCAGCAUGCCCCCAAAGGUGUGGAGAUCCUCCUUAGCUCCUCAGGAAGGAACAUCCUUCCAGGGAACCUGGUCACGCUCACCUGCCGGGUGAAUAGCAGCUAUCCUGCCGUCAGUUCUGUGGAUUGGGUCAAGGAUGGAGUGAACCUCACAGCCAAGGGGCAUGUGCUCCAGCUAUCCUCAGCAACCUGGAAUGAUUCUGGGGUCUACACCUGUCAAGCAACAAAUAAUGUGGGCUCUCUGGCAUCACCCCCACUCAGCCUCCACGUUUUUAUGGCUGAAGUCAAGAUAAACCCAGCAGGGCCCAUCUUGGAAAAUGAGACAGUGACACUCCUCUGUAGCACCCCCAAGGAGGCACCCCAGGAGCUCCGCUACAGCUGGUACAAGAACAACAUUCUUCUGGAAGACGCCCAUGCCCCAACCUUGCACCUGCCUGCAGUCACCAGGGCUGAUACUGGCUUCUAUUUCUGUGAGGUGCAGAACACCCAGGGCAGUGAGCGCUCCGGUCCAGUGAGUGUGGUGGUCAGAUAUCCACCUCUUACUCCAGACCUGACCACCUUCUUGGAGACACAGGCUGGACUUGUGGGCAUCUUCCAUUGCUCUGUGAUCAGCGAGCCCCUGGCUACUGUGGUACUGUCACACGGAGGUCUCACAUUGGCCUCCAGCUCUGGAGAAAAUGACUUCAACCCCCGAUUCAGCAUUUCCUCUGCCCCCAACUCCGUGCGCCUAGAAAUCCGAGACUUGCAGCCAGCGGACAGCGGGGAGUACACAUGCUCAGCCACCAACUCCCUUGGAAAAUCAAUGUCCAGCCUAGACUUCCAUGCAAAUGUUGCCCGACUCCUCAUCAGCCCUUCAAAAGAGGUCGUGGAAGGACAGGCGGUGACUCUGAGCUGCAGGAGUGGCCUGAACCCAGCACCUGACACUCGCUUCUCCUGGUACCUUAACGGAGCUCUGCUUCUGGAGGGGUCCAGCAGCAACUUCCUGCUUCCUGCGGCGUCCAGCACUGAUUCGGGCUCAUACUACUGUAGAGCCCGGGCUGGCCCCCACACCAGCGGCCCCUCCCUGCCUACCGUCCUCACUGUGUUCUAUCCCCCAAGAAAGCUCACAUUCACUGCCAGGCUGGAUUUGGAUACCUCUGGAGACGGGGAUGGACGGCGUGGCAUCCUCUUGUGCCAAGUAGACAGUGAUCCCCCAGCCCAGCUACAGCUUCUCCACAAAGGUCAUGUUGUGGCCACUUCUCUGCCAUCAAUGUGUGGGAGCUGCUCUCGGCGCAUGAAAGUCAGCAGAGCCUCCAACUCACUGCAGGUGGAGAUCCAGAAGCCGGUACUAGAGGAUGAGGGCAUGUACCUGUGUGAGGCUAGCAACACACUGGGCAACUCCUCUGUCUCAGCCUCUUUCAAUGCUAAGGCUACUGUCGUGGUCAUCACACCGUCAGAUACACUGCUUGAAGGCACAGAAGCCAGCCUAACUUGUAACGUGACCCAGGAGGUUGCCGUCAGCCCUGCCAACUUUUCUUGGUUCCGGAAUGGAGUGCUGUGGACCCAGGGACCACUGGAGACUGUGAGGCUGCAGCCUCUGGCCAGGACUGAUGCUGCCGUCUAUGCCUGCCGCCUCCUCACUGACGAUGGGGCCCAGCUCUCGGCUCCUGUGGUCCUAAGUGUGCAGUAUGCCCCAGACCCUCCAAAGCUGUCAGCCCUCCUGGAUGUGGGUCAGGGCCACAUGGCUGUGUUCAUCUGCACUGUGGACAGCUAUCCCCUGGCUCACCUGUCUCUAUUCCGUGGGGAGCGCCUCCUGGCCACCAGCUUGGAACCCCAGCGUCUAUCCCAUGGUAGAAUCCAGGCCAAGGCCACAGCCAACUCCCUGCAGCUAGAGGUCCGGGAACUAGGCCUUGAAGACUCUGGAAACUACCACUGUGAAGCCACAAAUGUUCUUGGAUCAGCCAACAGUUCACUCUUCUUCCAGGUCAGAGGAGCCUGGGUCCAGGUUUCGCCAUCACCUGAGCUCCGAGAGGGCCAGGCUGUGGUCCUGAGCUGCCAGGUGCCCACAGGGGUGCCUGAGGGAACCUCAUACCGCUGGUUUCAGGAUGGCCGCCCCCUCCAGGAGUCAACCUCAUCUAUAUUGCGCAUUGCAGCCAUAAGUCUGAGGCAAGCUGGUGCCUACCAUUGCCAAGCUCAGGCUCCAGACACAGCUGCAGCCAGCCUGGCUGCCCCUGUCAGCCUCCAUGUGUCCUAUACCCCACGUCACGUGACACUCAGCGCCCUGCUGAGCACGGGCCCUGGGCGAUACGGCCACCUGGUGUGCAGUGCACAAAGUGACCCUCCAGCUCUGCUGCGACUGUUCCACCAGAAUCGCCUCGUGGCCUCUACCCUACAAGGCCCGGAGGAAUUGGCAAGCAGUAAUCCCCGGCUGCAUGUGGCUGUGAGCUCCAAUGAGUUGCGCCUGGAGAUCCAAUUCACAGAGCUGGAGGAUGGUGGGACCUACACAUGUGAAGCCACCAACACACUGGGCCAGGCAUCUGCUACAGCUGACUUCGAUGCCCAGGCUGUGCGUGUGGCCGUGUGGCCCAAUGCCACUGUGCAAGAGGGGCAGCAGGUGAACCUCAGCUGCUUGGCGUGGAGCACCCACCAGGACUCACUCAGCUACACAUGGUACAAGGGCGGCCAACAACUGCUUGGUGUCAGAUCCAUCUCCCUGCCCAGCGUUACAGUUUCGGAUGCUACCUCCUACCGCUGCGGUGUGGGGCUCCCUGGCCACACACCCCAUCUCUCCAGACCUGUGACCCUGGAUGUCCUCUACGCUCCCCGAAGCCUGCAGCUGACCUACCUCCUGGAGAGCCAGGGCCGGCGGCUGGCCCUGGUACUGUGUACUGUGGAUAGUCGCCCACCUGCCCAGCUAACUCUCAGCCACGGUGGCCAGCUCCUAGCCUCCUCCACUGAAGCUUCCGUCCCCAACACCCUGCGCCUAGAGCUUCAGGACCCGAAGCCCAGUGAUGAGGGGCUCUACAGCUGCUCUGCCCAGAGCCCACUGGGCAAGGUCAACACAUCCCUGGCGCUUCGGCUGGAAGGUGUACGAGUGAGGAUGAAUCCCUCUGCUACUGUACCCGAGGGGGAGCCUGUCACAGUGACCUGCGAGGACCCUGCUGCCCUCUCACCUGCACUCUAUGCCUGGUUUCACAAUGGCCAUUGGCUUCAGGAGGGACCAGCUUCGUCACUCCAGUUCCCAGUGACGACACAGGCUCAUGCUGGCGCUUACUUUUGCCAGGUGCAUGAUACUCAGGGCACGCGGAGCUCCAGACCUGCCAGCCUGCAAAUUCUCUAUGCCCCCCGGGAUGCUGUCCUGUCUUCCUUCCGAGACUCCAGGACCAGGCACAUGGUCGUGAUUCAGUGCACCGUGGACAGUGAACCACCUGCUGAGCUGGUUCUCUCCCGAAACAGCAAGGUGCUAGCUGCCAGCCGUGAGCUUCACAGCUCAGCACCCGGGAUAAGCCACGUCCAGGCAGCCCGGAAUGCUCUUCGACUACAGGUGCAAGACACGACUUUUGGUGAUGGCAACACUUACGUUUGCACAGCCCGGAAUACACUGGGCUCCAUCAGUACCACCCACAAGCUUCUGAGGGAGACUGAUAUACAUGUGACAGCUGAGCCAGGCUUGGAUGUGCCAGAGGGCACAGCUCUAAACCUGAGCUGCCACCUCCCCGGUGGCUCCCAGCCUGUGGGCAACUCUUCCUUCACGUGGUUCUGGAAUCGCCAUCUCCUACAUUCAGCUCCUGUGCCCACACUCUCCUUCACCCCUGUGGUCCGGGCUCAGGCUGGGUCGUACCACUGCAGGGCUGAGCUCUCCACUGGGGUUACUACCUCACCUCCCGUCAUGCUCCGUGUCCUCUAUCCUCCCAAGACUCCCACUCUCACAGUGUUUGUGGAACCUCAGGGUGGCCAUCAGGGCAUCCUCGACUGUCGAGUGGACAGUGAGCCCCUGGCCAGUCUCACCCUCCAGCUGGGCAGUCAACUAGUAGCUUCUAACCAACCGCACAGCGCUCCCACCCAGCCCCACAUCCGAGUCACUGCUCCUCCCAAUGCCUUGAGACUGGACAUAGAGGAGCUCGGACCUAACAAUCAAGGGGAGUAUGUGUGCACAGCCUCCAACGCUCUGGGCUCUGCCUCAGCCUCAGCCUACUUUGGGACCAGAGCCCUGCAGCAGCUGCAGCUGUUCCAGAGGCUGCUCUGGGUCCUGGGAUUUCUGGCAGGCUUCCUGGGCCUGCUGCUGGGCCUAGGGGCCUGUUACAGCUGGAGAAAGAAGAAUUCUAGCAAACUGAAUGUGAAUGAGAAUUCAGCAGAGAUGACCACUCAGAAAGAUAAUAUCCAGACGACCCCUUCCUAGGACCAUAAGUCAGUGUGGGACCUUCUGUGAUCCAUGUUUUCUUUAACGGGAAGUUCCUAGCUCUUGAUGCAGUCGUAAAUGGAACCUCAUCUCACAUAACAUCCCAGAGCUUAUGAUGGCUUACCUGCCCUCAGGAGGAGACGGUUGCUGCUGUCUGACAGCUCAGGUGCUGUGAACAAGGUCCUGCCUACCUCUGUAUAAGCAGCACAGAGACAUCUGGCUUUCCUGACCUGCCUGACUUGCCCUCCAAGCCUCUUGUUCCUAAGAAAAAAUGGAUGAAGGGAGGUUUGGGGAUGGAGGUCAAUCUGCUGCCUGCAGGGCUCUGAGACUGACUCAGCCAUGUUGCCCAUGUCUCUCUGUGUGGUUUUCCUUUGUAUCCCUUCGCCUUUCUCUUCAAGGCUCACUUUGGGACUUUCUUGGUGGGUUAGAGCAGCAUCCAUGUCCUCGUGGACUUUCUGAGACCGUCUGUACCAGCCAAGAUAUAAGUCAGGCUGCUCUAACAGAGACUCAAUACAGUGACCACAGCACGACAGAGUCUUGGUUUUCUCUCCUGGUCUGGUUAUGCUGGUUACUUUUCUCCAUACCCCAAGUGUUGCCUUUGAUUAUGAAGCUGAGCUGACUGCAGUGGCCAUGGACCCUACAGUGAAAAGGAAGAGAGAAGGGGAAGCAUGCCCAUCCCCAUGGUCCAUGGACUGUAUACAAUUGCACCCCACCCACUUCUCAUCAGCUAGAAAUUGGUCACGUAAACACACUGUACAACAAGGGAGACUGGGAAAUAUAGUUUUUUAUUCUGAGUCUUGGCUACACUUGGAUCCUGUCUUUCUGAAAGAUCCCAACUGUGGACUCAGCCCCAGGAAUUUUGAUGUUGAAGAGAGUAGCAUUAUCAGGCUAGGGUCUGAAUUGGUGUCCUGGGACAUUCUGUUUCAUAGUUUCCUGAAAGGUACACUCUCCCUUACAUUUUAAACUGAGGAAGCCAAAAUUUUGUGGUUCCUAGAUGUCUUACUUAUCGUUCUUUUGCUGCGAGGAGGAGACACUAUGACCAAGUUAAAUCUUUUAAAAGAAAGCAUUUAUCUGGGGAUUUGCUUACAGUUUUAGAGUGUUAGUCCAUGAUCAUCAUGGUAGGGAGCAGGAAGUGGGGGGAGGGAGAGGAGGAGAGGGAGAUAGACAAAUAGAUAUAGUAGGUAGAUAGAUGAUAGAUAGAUAGAUAGAUAGAUAGAUAGAUAGAUAGAUAGAUAGAGACAGACAGACAGACAGACAGACAGACAGACAGACAGACAGACAGACCGACCUUGUGUGGCCUUUGGAAACCUCAAAGCUCAACCUCAAAGUCUACUCCCAGAGUCUCCUCCAACAAGGCCACACCUUCCCAAACUGUUCAUUAACUGGGGACAAACAUUCAAACAUAAGGGUUUAUGGGAGCCAUUCUCAUUCAAAGCAUCAUCCAUCAGGGUAAGGGCAUGCCAGGCAGACGUCUUUGUGCAGGGUCUGGUCAUCCUAUUCCCUGCUACCCCACAGCUGAAUCAGCUCUUGAAAGAGCAAAGAGCAGAUAGGGAUGCUAUCAGCAUCCUUGCUCUGGGUACACAACAAAGUGCACAUUUCCUGAACACCCAAGCCCCAGUGUCUGUCAAAACAAGAGCAUCGCCAAGAAGCAAUGACGGGCUCCUGGGAGGGCAGGGAUGGAGAGAAGCCAGGUCUGCAGUGCUCUGGAGACUCCUGCUGUAGGUUGCUAGUAGAUGGCAAAAGAAACAAAGGGCCUGGGGUUGAGAACCUGGAGAAUAGUGGGGCUGGAAGAGGAGGUAGAAGGUUGGGAAUGAAUUGGAAAAGGAAUAACUGUGUAGCCAAGGCUGUGCCCCUGCUCAUUUUAGGCCUACUUUCUUCCUUCUCUUCCCUUCUUUCUUCCUUCCCUUUCUUCCUUCCUCCCUUCCCUUCCCUUCCCUUCCCUUCCCUUCCCUUCCCCAUCCCCCUAGAUCAGGUCCCAUGUAGCUCAGGCUGACUUCGAUCUCAUUAUGUAGCUGGGAAUGGAUGACCUUGAACUUCUGAUCCUCAGUCCCCAUUUCUUUUUGUGCCUGAAGAAGAUCUUAUUUUCUCUGGGAGCCUGUCCAACAUUUUCCUCCAAUAAACUUCAUUCCAGGAUA